AUGGAAGACAGUAGCAGAGGAAGAACGCAGACCGGACGAACCGAGGGAGGCGGCAGUGGCAGUGGCGUCGCCUUGGAUAGACUACUCUUGUCCCCCAAGACCAUCAUAGCGAAGCGACGAGGACGGCGGAGACAGAAAAGGGAAGCGGAAGGGGACAGAAAGGGAAACGGUAUCGGUAUCGGUAUUGGUAUCGACGACGAGGCGCGUGACACUGCGGCUAACGAUGGUGACGAUCUGCUAAAGGGCUUAGGGCUGGCUAUGGCGUAUUAUCGGCAGAAGGAUGCGAGGGAAGAGGAGGGUGACGAAGAAGAAGAACGAGGAGGAGGAGGAGGAGACAAAAGCGAAGCCGAAGACGGAAGGGACGGAAGCAAAACGAUCACGAUGACGACGACGGAAGAUAGGUCUCACAACCAAGCAUCUUCUUCAUCCCUAUCAGAAACCCUACCAGCAACCGCAUCAACCGUCGUCAUUCCCUCUCCCGUCAUACGUCCUAACGCCUUUGCCGUUUCGACCCAUCCCUCCCAGAUCGGCUACCUCACCACCUCCUCUCCCCUCGGCCAGGAGGAGCACCAAGCGCCCGAGCUGGCAUCCCCGUCGUCGACCAUAGUCGCCAACCGGCCCGAGUCGGUUGGCUCCGACUCGCGGUCCAGCAGCCUCUCUCGAGACGCCCGUCGCUCUCCAUCUCCCAGUCUGGCGGGGAACAGCGGAAGCAGUCCAGGCACAAGUCCCGAGCGCCGGGCCACUUCUGCCGUGGACGGCGGUGUCAAUCUCGAUGCCGUAGGAAGUGGGAGUGGCAGAAGUCGUGACCUGGACCUGGACCUGGACCAGAACCGAAACCGAAACCGAGACCGAGACCGAGACCGAAACCGAGACCGAGACCGAGACGACUACGGACACAUCGACAGCGCAACUCCUUCCCUUUCCGACACAGCCUCGUCAGUCAGCCACAUCACCGCAUCUACAUCCGCCCUCCUUUCUUCCCGUCCUUCCGAAUCGCAGGACUCGGAAACCUCUCAUGCUUCCAGUGCACCUUCCCCGUGGGGCACUCUGGUAGCCCACAGGAGAACGAGAUCCAACUCGGCGAGCCCCGGCCCCAGCAAACUCUCCAACGCCACCUUUGCUCCCAUGUCCCCGACCGUUGAGAGUCCCCCGGUCAACAACCCCAACAGUACAUCCAGCUUCUUCUCGUCCAUGCUUUCGGCUGCUCAAACCGCCGCCAACCAGAUUACCAAUACCAUACAGAACACAAACCUCGGCCCGGCUUCGCCCAAAAAUAAGGCCGGCAUGGGAGCCCGUGGCUCCGUGCCGCAGUUAGGAGGAGGAAGAGGAGGAGUCCAUCUCGGAGAUUCCGCAGCAACCAGCCACGACGCCUCCGACAAGGUGCCCGCCGUCAAGACCCUAGGGGACGGGGAGCUGACCCUUCACCAACUCGGCAUCGUCGAACCUUCCUCCCCUAGCCUGGGCCCUUCUCCCACCCGCGCUCGCUCAGAAUCCGCCCCGGUCGAGUCGACCUCGGGUGCUCCCCAGCCGAACGGGGCGGCAGCACGUUUGCUGCAGGAUUCUCCCGCCAUCGAACGCAGCCCGGUUCCUUCGGUACCGGACGAGAAGACCAGCGUCAGCCGUUCCGGUAGUGUCCGGAGCUCGGUCAUAAGACACCGACCCCGUGGCAGCUCCACCGCUACGCGCGCUACGACCACCACGAUCGGGCCCCCCAUUGCCGCCACCGCGACCGGCGCCUCGGCCGCCCAGCCCGCCAGCCCUUCCGCCCAACAAAGGCUGAGCGGUUUUGCCGUCUCCAGCAAGAAGCGCAACCGGGACUUCCACGUCCUGUUCAAGAGCGUGCCGGACGACGACUACCUGAUAGAGGACUACAGCUGCGCCCUGCAGCGCGAGAUCCUGGCUCACGGCCGCCUCAACAUCCUCGGUUGGUCGACGACUCUGGUCAUGAGCUUUGACGAGAUCGUCGCCGUCGAAAAGAGGUCCACGGCUCUGGUCUUCAAAAAUGGCCUCAUGGUCACUACCCUGCACGCUAGGCACAUUUUUGCCAGCUUCGCCAGCCGAGACUCGACCUACGACCUGAUCAUCAACAUCUGGAAGCUCGGCCACCCUUCGCUGAGGAGCACCCUCAACGGGGUCGAGCUCGAGACCACCGGCGGCGACAAGACGGAGAAGAUCAUGGAUGCAGGGGAGGCCCAAGGACCUGUCGAGCCGGAGGACCGGAGCGCUUCCGUCUCUGAGCUGGAUGAUGACAGCGAGGAUGGUUCCGAUAUGUACGACGAAGAUGACGAGGGAGAACCGGCCGAUACCGCACACGGGAGCGAGGUCUCCGGCACUUCGGACUCCGACAAGGCGGCAGCAGCUCGCAAAGUCUCGGGCGCCGUGGUCACGAAUGGUGCUCCCCCGGACUCGGGUAGUGGCGGCGAGGCCGGACCUCCCGCUGCCGGUGACGACUUCCCCGGGCCAGCAACCCACCCCGCCACGGAUUGCGGCGACGCGGCCUCCCACUUGGAGAAGGUGGUGGGGGAUGACGUCGUCCCCGCUCCGCUGGGUAAGGUGCACGACCUGAUGUUCGGCGCGGGAUCGGUGAAUUUCAUGCUCAAGUGGCUCAAGAACGAGGCCAAGUGCUGGGACAUCGUCAUGGAAGACAAAAAGGGGCUCAGUGCGGAAAACAAGACGCGGGCGUACAACUACAUGAAGCCCCUCCCCGGCAGCAUCGGCCCCAGCAAGACCAAGUGUAUCGUGGCCGAGACCGUCGACAGCCUGGAUUUCGAAAAGGCCGUCCACGUGUCCGUGGUGACGCAGACGCCAGACGUCCCGAGCGGCAACGCCUUCACCGUGAAGACCAAGUACUGUCUCUCGUGGGCCGAGAAUAAUUCGACUCGCAUCCACGUCAGCUGCGUUGUGGAUUGGACGGCUAAGAGUUGGCUUAAGGGCGCAAUUGAGAAAGGCGCAAACGACGGGCAGGUGUCGUACUGCACCGACUUGGUCGCGAGCUUGAAGGCUGCCGUGUCUUCGAAAUCUCGUCCCGGCGCAGAUGCCAGCCGUGGCGUUGCGGGCAAAAAGAGGAAGGGCCGCAAGGGCCGCAGCCUGCAGGCGUCCACAGACACGGAUACCGAGAAGGGUGACGUCAAGCCGAAGAAGCAGGACUGGGGUCUCUUCGAGCCCUUGCGGCCGCUCCUGGGCCCGGCCGUCGACCUGAUCAAGCCGAUCAUGACAGGCAAUAUCAUGUACGGACUGCUCGUCGGGCUCCUGGUGACGGCGUGGUUCGGCUUCGGUUUCCCCGACGCUUCUCGGCGGUCGCGGGACGUGGGCUACUACGCGGCGCCCGACCGGAUUGCGGCGUACGAGGAGAUUUGGCGGCGGGAAGAGAGCGAGCUGUGGGAUUGGCUCCAGGAACGAGUCAACCUGGAGCGGAUAAGAGAAGGAGCCGCCGCCGCCGCUGGCCCAUCGACGGUGGGACAGAUGGCUGGAUCCCGUGCGAUGAGGGAGAGAUUGGGCCAAGAGCGCUUGGACGACCGCGAGAUGGAGACGGCGAUCCGCACUACGGAGGAGAGACUUCAGGGGCUGAAGGAGUUGAUGGGGAAGAACAAGGGGGUGUGA